CUGAGUUACAUAAGGUUUUGUAUACACUGCAUGCCUGAACAGUAAACAGCAAGCAGCGACAAUGGGUUCCUCUUCUGCUCUCUUCGUGUCACUGGCUCUCGUGGCUCUGGCGGCAGUGAUCUUCGCCAUCCCAUCACCUCUGUCCUCUGAAGAGGAGAGUGGUGAAGUUGCCAACCUUCGAAGUGGCUGCAUGGAAGAAGAUGGAGAGCUGAAAUGCCGAGGUGCGCAGUUUAAGAACCAAAUAAUGACUGAGGAACAAUGUGCUGAACAAAAUCUACCAUUCAUCCCAGAAUUGAUGGUCUGCGAUAACAGUACCGCAAGUCGAGAGGCCAUCAAUGCUCACAGAAUACAGCAACAGAACAAGAACAAGAACAAGAAGCCAAACAGGAAGCCCUAGACUAACCACUAAGACGAUGAAAUUCACCUCUUCUCCCUGUUCCUCUCUUUUUUUUUUCCCUUUACUUCAUUAUCUUCCUUCCACUUUCUGCUUUCCUUUUUCUUUGUCUCUGCCCAUACAUUCCUAUACUCUUUGUCUCUCUUUAGUGCGAUCAUCCACCACCUCAAGGGACAUAAAGACCAACCAUUUCCAUAUCUCCACUGGUCUGCGGGGUUGCUGUCAGACUGCGCCUCACGCCAGUCUCCUCACCUCGCCCCAGAAUGCCAGCUGCCCAUCACCCUGGCUAAACUGAACACAUACAGCUGGCGUAAAGAGAAAUACCUUAUCUCUGAACACGUUGUUGUGUGCUGACGACUUCCUGACGAUGAUACGAGAAACAAAUGUCCUUCAUCGCCUUCUACUAAAAAAAAAAAAAAAAAAAAAAAUGCACCUUGAUUAAAUUUCAGAGGCACGACAGGAAUAAAUCGAGUUACUGUUACGGUAAUUGGUUCUGAAGUGAAUAUUACAAAAAAUGAUAAUAAUGAUAAUAAUGAUACUGCAUGUAACGGAAAAAUGUCAUUCGUGUUACGUAUGAGUACGUACUACAUGGAAUGGUGUGUUGUGUGCGCACCUUUUUUUUUUUGGUAUUUUUCGAUUUGGUUUGCAAUAAAACUUUUUCGAUCAAGUUAAAA